AUGGAACAAAUCACACAACCAAGCACACGGGAUCAAAAUGCCGGCCAUGUACUCGAGCAGGAUAUCACUGUACGGCCAAAUGAAAAUGAUGAAUGGCACGAGAGCAUCAGGGACGCAUUACGGAUACUAGACCUACCAGACAACUUCACCGUUGGGCUCGACCUGAUGACCAUGACUACCACCACCAGCCUCCAAGGGUUUCAGAAAAUCCCGCCAGGGCGUCAUUUUCUUUGGGUGCAGCAACCAGGUGCUCCCUUCCGGUCAGGGUACUGGUUCGUGUCAAAAAAUUGGCGGAAAGAUUUUUGGAUCAUAAAGUGGGACAAGUUCAACGAGGUGCUGGCCGAACCGACUCCUGAGGAGAAGAAGGAUGCUGUUGACAGAGCGGAUUUCGAGAAACUCGUACCAUACACCCUUGAUGGGCUGACCAACAACAAGGGCCGGUCCGGUGGUGAACCGGCAGUUGCUGAUUACUCGUUUGCACCCACUGACUCUUCGCAGCCGCUUUGGUCACGAGAUCCUGGGUCCCUCUGGGCCAUCCUGACGGAUAAUAUUACUACCGACACCAUUCCUCGAAACAAAUUGGAGCCACGUAACAACGAAUUUCUUGUCGAUUCGACUACUGAUUGCAGGCCAGACCUGCCGCUGGAAAGUAGUUCAGCAAUGCAAGCAAAAUACGAUGGCCAGUUUCACUUUAUCCCGUUCUCCCACAUACCGAGGGAAGCUGGGUCCGGAAGAUUAAUUGGCAGACCACACGACGAAAUUAUGGACGAGAUACUCUCCGAGAUACAAUUCUCCUUUAUGACCGGAACUUUGCUCAGCAACCUGGCCUGCCUUGAGCACUGGUGGGACUUGGUGUUGAGAGUGGUGUUGAAAUCCUGGGAUUUGGUUUGGGCACGACCCAAGUUUGUGGGGGACAUGAUUACGAUUUUGCAUGCCCAGUUGUACUUCACAGAGGUGUGUCUUGAGGGGGACAACACGCCUGUGUUGGGUGGGGCCAAGGGGAAGUCCAAGACUGAGGCUGGUCCGAAUCCGGAUAGGGUGUUGUAUCAGGUCAAGAGGGGAAGCAGGGAACGGUUGAAGAAGGCGCUGGAGAGCUUUAGACAGGACACGAUAAUUCGUAUUCCAGGGCAGAGUGGGAAGAUUACGGAGGCCAGGAAGGGGUUUGAAGAGUUGGAAUGCUUCUUGUUUGGUUUGGGCUGGGACCUUGGGGGAAAGGGUUCUGGUGCCAACAGAGAGGACAGCAGCAGUAGCGAGGAUGAGGAUGCAAAGGAGGACGAGAACUGGAAUAGCGAAGAUGAUGAUGAUCAGCCGGUUAUGGUUGAGUUGGACGAGAAGGGAAGAGAAAUCGGGCUGGUCAGCUUUAACGACUAG